GAAGGCCCCUUUGAGGGAAAAUAAGUUUAAAGAGGAGCCGCGGGCAAAAGGAGUUCCUCUCAUCCUCUCCUUGCUCUGCCCAGACGUUAAUGUACUUUUCUCUCAUCUUUUCAUACACACUCACCGCGGAGUUGGGCUGUGCGUUAAAUAUGUUUUAAUGCCAAAGUAAGGGACAGUUGCUUUGUUGUUUUCAAAAGGUUUGGAGGUCGGGGAGUUCAAUUACCGCCCGGUUGAUGGUAUUUCCAGCGGGCAGCCGUUCAUGCUGUCCGGGAAGAAGUUAGCUGUAACACCGUGGGACUUUUGCAACACAACAAAACCCCUUGGACGAAGAAGAACAACACAAAGAAGUCAAACCUGGAAGUAUUCCUCUUUCGCAACCUGCGUCUUACUCGCUGGAGUUUUGCAACUUUUUAACUAGAAAUGGUUGGCAGGUUGAACUUGCCAAAUGUAUGUGAAGGAGACCCACUGGAUAUGAGCUGCAGGGCUGAGAGAGGACUUGACAGUCCGGACUCUGGGUUACCCCCGAGCCCGAGCCCCAGCGCCUGGCUUCUGCCCGUGUCCGCGGAUAAAGCCGGGGGCGUGAGCCCGGUGUCAGAGGACGAGGGAAGGAGCUCCCUGGUUCCAGUUUUACCCACAGGAUCUUUCCCACAGCUGCACCCACUGUCCUUUGGGGAAGGCAUAGCACUCGAUCCAUUACCGCCAAAGGAAAUAAGAUACAUCUCAUCCGUCCAUUACAACUCGGACCGCCACUUCAUCCAGGAUGUGGCCCUGCAGCCGUGGGGCCAGGGUCUUGAACACUGCAGGCAGACUAUCAUGGCCGUGCCCCACAGCACCUGGCGCCACUACAAAACACAGCUGGAUUUCCAGCCUCGCCACCGGCCACAGCGCUUCAAGAGCACCACCAUCAUCUACCCCAAGAAAACCAGCGCUGUUUACACCACAGAGCUGAGCUACGACUGCCAUCGUCUAUCUAGACGUUUCCUCUCCAGCGUGGAGCUGGAGGCAGCUGGCCACAGACAUCUACCUCAGUGAGAGGGGGUGGGCAGGUGGCUGGGGAUACACAAAGGCAGUCCCUAUGCUGUGGCUCCCCUAAGGCUGGCUGCCACUGACCUGCUGUGUUGUCUUUUUUACAGUUUUGUAGCCUGUUAUCCUUAUAAGUACCUUUCCCAAGCUGUGGACAGGAAGCAUCUGUGCUUUGAUGUUACAGAUAGCAGAGAUGCCUUACGUAUGAUAAGUGUAUAUACCUGCCAAUGAAUGAAACUGCACAUUGGCGUAGAUAUUUAAUUAAGCGCUUCAGCUUGUAACUUGUUGAAAAGUUUCUAGAGGCAUAGUCGUUUGUUUUUAUUGGCUGCAGAACUGACUUACAUUGGCCGAGAUGGGAAGAAUACGUACUUGCCCUCAGCAAAGUCACUCUCCUCACAUCUCAUCAAGUUGGUCAACCAUGCAGAGUGAUUGGAUUUAAAUUUGAACAAGGCCUGUCUCUGUUCAUAGAAUUUGUCAAAGAGAAGAAUACCUUUUUAGAACUGCUAACUUAGGAUAUGGUUCAAAGGGACUAGUAUGUAAGGGAAAGGAGAGGCAAAUAAAUAUGGUGCUGGAGUUUGGGUGCAUGCUAAGAAAUCACUAACUUAUCCACACUGUACAAAGGAUGUGGUGAAAAUACUUAACACGUGUUUUGUUUCCUCACAGGGUAUUGUGUAUUCUGCACACCGUAACACAAGCUAAGCUCUCCCCAAGCCUUUCCUCUGGCCACUGUUUAUGGCUACAGUUCAUAAUGUAUUAUGUAAAUGUUGGUAGAUUAAGGGAACUUCUCUGUUCAUUGUGAUGUGUAAGCUUAAACUGAUAAAGUAGGUAGUGUAGAUGGAUCGUGAGUGUGGAGUUUACUGAAGAGUAGAUAGUAUUUUUGAUAUUCACUCACUGGCUUACUAGUGAAAAUAACAAGCUGCAUUCCACUGCUAUCACUUUCUUUGGCUUGACUUGGAUUGAAAUUGUAUUUAUUCUGUUGAAGUUUUAAGAUCUGAGAUUUUAUCAGCUGAUGAACGGGUGUCUCUACAGUCAUGGCAAGGGAUGUAUUUGUGAUACCCUUUGUGCCUUAUUGAUGUAUCUGUUGAUGCUUCUUUUUGAUAUUAGUCACUUAUAUAGUGCCAGUUUGAAAUAAAGUGUUCCUUAGUUCA